GCUGGUUGAGCCUGCGAUGAAUGCACCCGACAGUGUCAUGCGCCCCAAUACCAUCUAAUGUUUUCGCGCAGAAGUCCCCCCCCCUCUCCAAAAAAAAAAAAAAAAAGACCAAGUGAAUGCAAUUCCCAUUGCUCUUUGAUCUCCUUCAAGAUUGAACGUCAUAUAGGGGACUAUCCGUCUCCUUUGUCAAGCGAGAUCUAGUGUGCCUGCUCAGUAAUACAUCGCGAAGGCUUUGUAUCGUCCCGUCUUUUGUCUUCGCUCUGGUGUUUCACCACAUGGUCUAAGUGUAUUGUGAUACCUAAGGUACCUAUUUGAUGCGGCCCUUUUGGGAUCACUUUUCGUUUUCUUCUUUUUUGUGCGCCACUCCUCAAUCGCCAUCGCCAACACCUAAAUCCCAUUCCGCAUUCUACAUUUGGCCAGUGCCGCCUAGUUUUUGCCUUUCUAACCUGCACAUAAAAGAAUUCGGAUUCUUUCAUCAUGAUUCCCCCAGGCGAUCCUCAGCUGCCCAGCGGCUAGAUAAAAUCAUGGCGACCCUCCACUCUCGCCUUGUAUCCGACGUCGACGUUCAGGACUACCACUUCCUCGUUGAUCCUAUCGAUCACCAUCACAUCACCUACGAUGGCUUUCCACAGCGAGGUCAUCUGGACGAGGCUUUUCUUGGCAGUAACAUCAACAUUCACUUCAACCCCAUCACCAGCGAAAUGUCCGUCUCCACCUUGGGCUACGCGCUCCAAGUUGAGCUUCUGCACUUGCUUCUCGGGAAAUUGCGCGGCGUUAUUGCUGCCCAUCCUCAGAUAGCGGAUACCAAAGUCUUUCCGUUUCUGUGGGAGCGCGAUACUUUCGCAGCCGAAGUGCCCCACCCCCUGAUUUCCUUGUAUCGAUCAGCCCGUGAUGUUACACCUUCUAUUGUCAUCAACACCAGCACCUUCGCCGGAAAGCGAGGCAAGAAGGGGGGCGUGAAUACGUCGUCUAAGAGCGCUUCCGCCCACGUCAUGACACGUUAUCCCGGCCUCCAGACCAUGGUCCGUCUUGAUCUCGGCGGUCUGACCGUGGGCGGGUACGUGGAUAGAGAGCAUCUCGAGCAUCUCAAGCGGCGCGUAUAGCGCAUUGCCGACCUUUCCUUGGUCCUCACUUGGACACGCGAUGAACAUGGCAACGUCAUCGGCACUAGCGAGAGUCUCUCCAAGGAUGACGGCGAGCUCCGUCUACCUCUCAGCGGCAAUGGCAGCAACGUUCCCGAUCAAGGUGUUGAGGCUGCUAUCAAGGACAGCGAGAUCUUAGAUGCGAUCCGUUUAGCGGCUAAAGCUGGACCUC